AGGUUUGGACGGUUAAAAAUCGACUCGCGCGAUUCCGCUUUCGGGUAACGGCUGUUAUUUUUUUUUUUGCAACAAGAGGAACGCCGCACCACAUGUGUCCGGAGUACAUUCGAUCGUAGCAACGGUUCCAUUCGGUUGAUGGUGCACUUUAAACGGACGCGUGAACAAACGUGAGUGACCUGCCGUGCUGUUUACUAUACCAGUAGGAUUAUCAGCUGAUAGCAUUCUAGUUGUACGGCUUUCGCGUGUAGUGCUUUCAAGGUUGAGACGCAUCAUUGUCCUGCGAAUAGUGUCAGUGUUGCACGUGUGAAUGAUGCCCUAAGCCCGAGUGGCGAAUUUCCGAGAAAAGCCCCCACAGGCGAAGAGUGCUGUGAGUGUUGAAGGUGCAUAUAGGCAAAAGAAUCGCUGCAGUUUUUGAAGAAGAUUGAACAGGUAAUUUGGUGGUGCUGAAGAUAGAUUGUCUCGUCGAUGUUGAUACGCAUACAAUAAAAGUGCAAAACAAGUUUACCUUUCGGUGUGGUUAGAUUUGGUGAAUCAAAGUGCAAGUGUGCGUUGGUCACAGGUCGUUUCGCUGGCCAAGCGGUAGAAGACGCAGAGGGCAAAUGCUCACUGCCCGGUGCAACAGCGUCACUUAGUGCGUCAUUUUGCUCGAGGGAACCAGCGCAGAAUAUUCAUAACGAUGCGAUGAAUGGAAUUAGCGAUUACUGAAUAACAAAAUAAAUUGCAACCGUACGGGAGGCGGACAAACGCCGCGGAAUAACAACAUUUGUUAUAUUCUCAGAACAGCUGUGUGGUAGAAGCAUCCAGCAGGGGGAGCGAUUGCACCGCGGGCGUUUUUAUAAAUAAGAUUUAUAUUUUGCGUUGCCCGACGAUGUCGUCUGGUGUCUGGUGUUUGUCUACGGGGGGAUACUUCAAUGAAAGAGUGUUCUGCGAGCAUUAUUUGUGAUCGGUGGGGCGGCCCAGCGAUUUAACGGUGUUAACGAUUACAACAACAGUAGCGAAAAAAUAGACGACAACUCAAUCGUGAAAUUCUAAUUAUAGUGUCACUGUUAAGAAGCGAGUGUUUCAUUGUGGAGUUACGGCCCAUGUAAAUAUAUCCCGAGGCGAGAACUGCAAUGAAGCGUACCGUUUGUGUUUGUGCCGUGAGUAUCUCGUGGUAGUGUUCUCGACGAUUUACUCAGGUCAUUGACUGAGGUUAUUACUACGAAUUAAGUGCCUCGACUAAUUAAGUCACGCUUUCGUCGUGGAAAUACGCGCGAGGAGUUGUAAAGUGUGAAAAUAUUACCCGUAACACAACGCUGACUCAUCACAAUGCAACCAAGGCGUUAGAUAUAAUCACCCAUCGUGAGAGAAAAAAAAAUUGCGGAUCAUCAUCGACGUCAGCCUGAAGUGAGCAGAUAAAACGAAAAAAGUAGUCCUCCAAGUAAGCGCAAACCAGAAGAAAAGUGUUGAAUUUUCUCUCCUCCCCGAGCUGGAACGAGCUGGAACUACAUCACGCCAAGAUUAUCUAUCGUCAAAUAACCGGAAAAGGGUCAGCUCAGCAAAUCGAAUGCUCGAUUGAAUCAAUCGACGGAAAGCACAAUGAGAGAAAUAAAAUCAAUACUAAUCGCCGCCCAUUGAUUUGCUCCCGGCAGCUCCCCGCAACGGAAGACGGACAGAUCAAAACCACAAUCCCUCCCGGAUGAGGACCUUGUAAGUUUUUGCUCGUCAACCAGAGGGAGUGGAGCUUUGCGGUUGUAUUGUGCCAGUGAACCGAGAGGAAACAUUGAACAUCUUCGGCUUUGUGAUUACGCGUGGGAGUGUAAAGCUAUUUGAGCGAUUGUUUGGAUUAAUCGCCAAGAAGCGGGUUCGGUGUGCUAUUUCUGAGGUGAUUGAAACAAAAAUCAAAACAAAUAUUGCAUGUGAUGGAAUACAUCUAUUAUACACAUCCCAUGUGGCGUUGUGAAGUGUUUAAUUAAUGCUGAGUAAAUGAUUGGAGAUAAUGUUGUGGUUGUGAUGACUACAUUUUAGAUAUAGGUGAGCGCAUGUUACCAGUACAGGAUAGCAACAUAUUUUCAGUGGGCCAUCGGAAGCAAACUUCAUAGGUGGUUUCGGUCAGCAGAUGAUUAAAGGUUAUGUCAUAAAAUCAUCCAUAAACAGUGUGAUAAUUCGUGCUCCCGCAGCAGUUGCCCACUAAGCACAUCGUGAGGCUCGUGAAAAAAAAGUUUAUGUGCUGCUGCUGAGCAGUCAAAACGAGGUGCACGUCGGGAUUUAUAGCACCAGUGGGCUCAUCAUUAUUAUCCCGUUGUGCAUUAAUUAAAUUCAACCGGGCGCCAAAAACCCAAGUUCAAUGCUGCCGGGAGCUGCGCAACAUCGAGUGACCGUUGUCAUCGGACGACUCCAGUGCUAACACAGUGAUGAUGAAUCUGAUAAAAAAUUAAUAUUCUGCACAUUGGUGCAUGGUAGGUGGGAUUAUGUUUAGCCCGGAUCGACCGCCGGCCAAAUCCGGGAAGCUGUCGAUGACAAGCGGUUUUGCCAGAGCCGUCCUGCUGCCGUUGUUGCUGAUAGUGGCUAGCACGCGUGGGGCCGGUUCCAAUGGCAUCGAGAUGGAUGAUUUACCAUCGCUCUCCGCGUCAUCCCAUCUGUGUGGCGGAACACUCACCGCUACCCAUGGAACCAUCCAAACGCCCAACUUUCCGGAACGCUUCCCGGUUCCGAUCAGCUGCACCUGGAUCAUCGAUGCUUCCGCAGUGGCCGGAACGAAUAUCUCCAUUGUGGUAUAUUUGACCCAGCAAUACGUUCUCAGUGGUCUCCGGUUCACGGAGUACAUGUAUUACAGUGAGGAUUAUAAAGUGCCCAGUAUGAACGUGUUCGAACUGAGUGAAGAAGGUGUGACCAAUGUACCGUGGAUUAAGUUCAACAGUCCUUAUCUGGAGAUCCGGUUCACCAUGGAUAACCUGUACGGUACGCAUCUGCGGGCGCUGGAUCGCCUGCUGGAUGUGUACGGGUUCAACAUUACCUACGAGGUGGAUACCAUCAAAUCGUAUCACUGCAACGCGCUGCAGUGUCGAUUCCUGGGCCAGUGCUAUGCCAAGCAGGAUUACUCGUCCUACUACUGCGACUGCUAUCCCGGGUUCAGCGGGAUCGAUUGCGGCUAUGGACCGCUCUGUAAGGACUCGCACAACUGUGAAAACGGAGGCACGUGCAAACACAUCGGUGAUAACGCCGUGACGUGCCUUUGCCCCGCCGGCUUCAAAGGCAACAAGUGCGAGAUCAGCGAGUAUGACGAAAUAACAGGUUGCAAUCUGGAUAACGGCGAGGACUGCUUUCGUCAGUGCAUUUACACCGAGGACGGCGGCAAGGACGCUUGCAAAUGUGAUCAAAGCAUAUCGUCUUCCUGUGAGUACAACAACACUCGUGGCAGGGCCAAGUACGAGGUGACAGUGCGUCUGGCCAACUCAUCAUACUUCGAAACAAACGAAAAUGGUGACCGGCAGCUGAAUGAAAACACGAUUAGCCUAUUGGAGAAGCAUAUAAACCGCUUUCUGCGAGGCUCCAACGUAUCGAAAAUAAAUGACCUGGAAGUGUUCUCCGGCAAGGCUGACAACGAAGUGAAGAUUCAAUUUUUCGGCGCAAAAAUAGACUCCUCAAGGAUACGGGAAUCGAUGGAACGAAUAGUGGAGCAGCGUGGGCGGACUGGCAAUAUUAGUUUUGCAUCCUUCAAGCCAUUGUUCCGCCAGGAUGCAGGACUCAUGUUGCAGUCCGUGGUCGUCAAUCAAAAAGGUCCCGUGCGGGAGAACACCGAGUUCAUUCUAUCCUGCGUGGCCCAGGGCUCGUCGACAAUGAGCUUUCGGUGGUACAAAAAUGGCUUCUUCGUGAACGUGACAAAAGCGACGCGAAACAUGUGGACCCGUCUGCUACCCCUGGACUCGAAGGAUCACUACACCGCACUGUUAGGCAUCACCAAGGCAAGCCCACUGGAUGAGGGCAUCUACACAUGUCAGGUAAACGACAUGGGAAUGCAGCAGUGCCGCUCGACGAAGGUGCAAAUCCUCGGUGCACCCCAGCUGCGGGUGGAUCCGCCCAGUGUGUCUCUUUUCCGGGGCGAAUCGUUGCUCAUACGGUGUCUGUCGCAGGAUUCCUACCAACAAUAUGGUACACUCGGUUACAGCUGGACGAAAAACGGUGCACUGUUCCAGUCGGAUCCGAACGCCGAGCUGUGGGAAGAUCUCUACCCGGACGGAAGCAUCCUCAAGGUGAAAAAUCUCCAGAAAUCUGUCGUGUACACCUGCAUCGUAUCGAACUCGGUUGCACCGAUAUCGAAGAGUGUCCACGUCACUGUCGUUGAGCCAGGAUCGGUCACGCUGUGUCCCAAAAACAACGACUACGGAGUGAGUUGGCCGGCGAGCGCUUCGGGUCCAGCCGUUCUAACCGAUUGCCCAAAACGAGGCGAAGGGCUAGCGAAACGAAUCUGCGAACAGAGAGACUUCGGGCGUCCGGAAUGGCUGACACCGGAUUUUUCCGAGUGCGCUCCGGAUGCUGUCAUCGAAAUUGAGAAUGAGUUUCGUGGGCUUACUUUUGGCUACCAGAAAACAAACGGGACCAACGUUCUGCAGUCGUGCCUUGAAUACGCCAGAAAGCAUUACGCCGGAUUCCUUCCGGGAGAGGGCGGGGUGCUGCUCGGAUUACUCCAAGAGAUAUUUCGCUACGUUGAAAACACCGGAACGCAGCACGAGCAGGAAGUAGCCUCGGACAUCAUUCUGCGGGUGGUGGACGUUAUUAUGCAGAAUAAAUUAUCGCUGAAUAAUCAACAGCAAAUCAAGCAGCUGCAGGAUCUGGUUCAAGCGACCGCACUGAACCGUGAAACGACGAUGGCCGCCCCCAUCUCGUCCUCGUCCUCGCUAUCGUCAUCGUCGUCCUCGUCCAAAGCAUCCCUGGCGGCGACCACGACCGUUACGCAUCAGCUCAACUCGUUCUAUUUGUACACCGAGUCAGUCAAAGGGUUGCCAUUCAAUUUGCAGAUCUACGGAGACCAACUCUACUCGGACCAACUGUAUAUGGAAAUGGACGUAACAAGUUCGCUGCUAGAUAUCGUAUCCAACGGGACAGUACUCGUCACUGUGAUUUCGUACAAAAACCUCACAUCUUUUCUGCCCCGGUUCUACUUUGCUAAAAACAGUUUCGGUACGGAUAUCGAUUACAUCCCCGCAUCGAAAAUCAUCUCAUCCUGGCUGUACUACGCUAACCGCACCGGGUACGAACCGAACCGACCACUUCACGUGCCGCUCGAGUCGGCCCACGUGGAAAUUAUUUUCCAGCAUGAAAAUUCGCCGACCAGCGAGUGGAUACCACUUUGCGGGUACGAUGCCAAAGCAACAUUCGAGCCAACGUGGCGAACCGAUCUCUGCAUCACCGAGAACCUUAUGGAAAAUAUUACGAGAUGCAUCUGUCCAUUAUCGGGCACGUUUGUGGUUCUGCUGGCAAAGAAAAACUAUAAUGCAUCGGUUACGAAAACCUCAACCAGACCGAUCCUGGUGGUGAUAAGCUGCGGAUGCUGCUUCCUGCAGUCCUGCAUCGCGUUCGCCAUCAUGCUGCCGAUCCUGUACCAACGCAGAUGCUGUGUGACCUUUUUAAAAAUGCAAUUCUGCUCCGCCACAUCGAUGGCGAUGGCAAUUUUCAUCCUGGGACUGCUACAACUUUUCCCGCAAGAAUGGUACAACAUGGUAAUCGCUCUACUCACAGGGUUUCUACUGUUAAGCUCGUCCACACUGGUCGCCAUCACGGUACUCGUAACUACCGAGCUGGGGCCGCGGAAGCUGAUUGCCGCCACCAGUAGUCUAGCCACGGGGAUAUCCGCCAGCAUUGGGUUAAGUUGGUUCUUGCCGAUACUGUGUGCCACCUCGACGCCCCUCGUCUACAGCGUGAUGUUCGAAUCGCCCGCCCACUGGUGGCACACGGCGGACUCGUUCGGGUUUAUCCUGUUCAUCGUGAUCGAGUCGCUCUUUGUGAUACUAUUUCUGCUGUUGUUCCUCACGCUAAUGAAGAAACUGCUUUACCUCGCCAAAAAGCACGACAAACAUAAUACUUCGAUACUGAGGAGGAUAGGGCUGCUGUACCGGACGGCCAUGCUGUUCGUGUCCAAUAUGUUAUGCCACGCGUUCUACUUGGUGUACUUGAACACCGAGGACCGGAUCGGCGGUUAUGUCUUCAGCGCCAGCAGUAUUAUUAUGGGGUUUUCCAUCUUGUGCAGUUUCGUGAUAAAGGCUGAAAUGAAGCAUGACUCGGGAACCACAAGUAGUAAAUCGAGUACGAAACAUAGCUUAGAUGAGAAUUGUUGUUCGGGAUCAAUAAAUAGUCCGUUAAGUUUUUAUACAACCCAAGAGCUAGAUAAGGAUAACGAAUGCCUUCCCGCGGGAGGAAAAACAACGAAAAUUCCACUGACAAUGCUGCCCUCAUCUCAUCAGCAGCAACAGCCACAAGUUCACACACAACAGGCGCAGCAGCAGCACCAAAACCAGCUGCCAUCUCAUAUCACCACGGUCGAGCCCUGCAUCCACGGCGAUGGCCACAGUAUGGAAACCUAUCUCGGGGGCAGCAUUCCAACGGGCGCGUCUAGUAUCUGCAAUUUUGUAGCCCACGAGUACGAGUGCUCGACAGGCGCUGUGAGCGGUUCCCAAGGACUGUGUAACUUCAACGCCAAAACAAACUGCUACGAGUUAAUGGGACAGCAGCAGCAGCAUCAUCCGUCAGUCGCAUCACCACUCGUAUCCAGAGGAGUGCUAGCAGAAAAUCCGAGUGUGAUAGUUACGACAGCAGUGCCUCCGCCAUCCAACGGUGUGUUAGGACAUUUCGAUUGGCAUCAGAAGCAGCCACAGCAGCAGCAUCAACCCUUCGUGGACAUCGUUGGAUGUGGGGUUAGUGUUGCGGGGGGUGGCUUGAGGGAGGCUUUUUCCCAUCAACCGGGAGGAGUGAACGGGAAGUGCUAUAUCACACAACAGCAUCAACAGCAGCCGGAAACGGGCGAGUUCACUGGGGUUGGAGAGCUGGAUAUCUUGAAAGGUGUUGGUCAAGAUAGCGUCAUCGGAAUACACAGCAAAACGCUCCGAAUAUCUGACCCAUCGGGGAGCAACAAGCAGAUUAUAACGCUACUUGACCCAUCGUCCGGCGCCCUAUCGUCGGACCCUCCUCCAGAAUCAUCAUGCUGCAUUCUCCAGCAACAGCAGCAGCAUUCAUCAGUAGAAAUGCAACCUUCUCAAGUGCCAUCAUUUGCUUGUGCAGCAGCAACAGCAGCAGCGGCCACACUUCCAACCGUAUCGGCUCCCGUUAUUGUGGAGCACCAUCCGUAUCAUCUGAAACCCCAACAGACCACACACUAUCCGGCUCCUCAGUCUGCUGAUCCCGCGGUUGCACCGGUCAUCACGGUGACCGAGAGUGACGACCCGGAUCGUAUCGACGGAAUGAUGGAUCGCAUAUCACACGAUCUAGACUAUUUACUCAACCGUACCUCCGAGGUGCCUACCGUAGUACCUAUCCAACUGCGGCAAAGUGGCGGCAGUGCUAGUUGUAGCAAUAGUAGUAGUAGUAGUAGUAGUAGUAACAUUGAUAAUAGUAGAGGGAUUAGUGGUAGCGAGACCAGUAGUACUAACGCAAGAGGUGGACCAUCGAGUGAUAACAGUACAACAACGGUUACGGCGGUACAUUCUGCGAUGCCACCCUGUCAGAAACCACCGCUCGUAUCGUCUUGCCACAGUGUUCAUGAAGUAAUUAUCGAAGAGUCUGAAGACGUAGAUAGCUAAAUAUAGCUUCCCUAGGAUGGAGGAAGAAACUUUCUGCUUGCUGUAUGUUGCACCUGAUCGUAAUUUUCCCAGAACUUGCGUUCACCAUAAUAAAAUUUCUUAGGGUUAUACAAAACUAUUGAAUUCAUCAGAUUUUUCGGAUGUAGAUUAACAUAACUACAAAACAUGGAAAUAUAGUUUGAAUGAAUGGUUAUAAUGAUUUACUAUCGCCACGAUUUUUUCAUCGUCGUAAUGAUUUAAUACAGAUAAUUGACACUGCCUAUCUCACUGACUGUGUUCUGAAAGUGCCAACAUCUCAGCUGCCAGUAGGCAAUAAAACCAAUCUUAGAUCCCCACAGGCAGUUGAUUCAGCUGUUGAAUCAAUAUUUUGUGAAUCAACUAUUCAAACAAAAUUUUUGGUGCAUGAGAUUAUGACAUCUAAAAAUGGCGUUAUUUUGAAGGAUCUUUUUGAUCCGUUUGACUUUCAAACACCUCUUGACAUUAAUCAUUUCCCAUUCAAACACUCUAACAACCCAUUCCAUGAGGUUAUGCACCAAAAAUCAAAUUUUAAAAUGGGAAUAAUUAUUGGUUAGACCCUUAGAAGGGCGAGGUAAUUCUCAGAGGAAAGUUUGAAGAAUUCAGGAAAAAACUAACAUUGCUCUCUACAAUACGGUGAAAUUUAUAUUUAAUACACUUUUCUUGAUUUUGUGACGUUACAAGGCUUGUCCUGUUUUUUUUUCGCGCAGAGCGUGUAGUCACGUCACAGAAUGCAUACUGAUUUUUGCAAGGUUCUUGCAAGUUUUCUAAAAAAAAUCAGUAUACUGGAAUUUGCGUUCAUCUAUUGAUCAUUUUCAUGUGCAUGUUUUGAAACGGAGUUGAAAAAGAGCCGAAAAUCGGAAAAAGAUAGGUGUUGUCACGUCAACAGCAAAAUCGUAUUUAACUAUAAAUUAAUCUCCGACUGACGAUUAUUGUAGGAAAUAAUCAUUUUAGCUAUUAAAUGUCAUCAGUAAAUGGUAAGAAAAUUAUUGUUUUGUCCAACACCCAACACCCGAUUGGACCAAAGUCAUAGAUAACCUUCAAAAUGUUUAUGUUUGAUAGUGAAUAUAGGCUACGAGUUCUUACUUCCGGACAUUUUCCAGAAGCUCAAAUUGUGGAUAAUGACGAUGCAAUCGAUAUCAUAUUAAGUUUGCUGAUAUCAUUGAUUAUUCAGGGGAUUAUUUCGUCCGAUACGAGGGGGAUCUGCAAUAUUUGAAGCGCAACAAAUUUCACCCAUCGUUUGCUUAGUAAAAAUAUGUAAAUAACAACACUUGAUCCGAAUCAUUUGUUAUAUGUUAAGAGUGAAACAAUGUAAAAUGAUGAUUUUCUAACCUUUUCUUGGUGGAAAGAAUAUUUCAAUCCGGGAAAUUUGCAGAAAAUUUCUGAUUUUUCAGAAGAAAUCUCGACACUAAGGGCACUUCUUUGGAAUAUUUUGUACUGUGCCUGUGGAUUCAAAAUGUUCCACUACACGCCUAAUUUUUGAUCUCCGAAUUUGGGUAGUAAAUUUAAUAAUCUCAACUCGUUCUUCCCAUUAUGAAAUGGCAAUCCUUACUGAAGAGAAAUGUCAAGAGAGCGGGAAAAAUAUGGCGUCGUUUGCUGUCCCUAUCGGUCUACUUUUGAAACGUUCGUAUUGAAAUACCAAUUAUAUUACAAUCUCCUGAUGUGUAAACGAUUUAAAUUGAUGAAAACUAGAAACAUUUCCAUUUUCCCGAACAUUUGUUCUGCUCAUUCGUGAGUUUCUCUACCCAUGUCAUUAAUAACGAGCAAUUUAUCGGCGAUCAACGGAGGGUAAUGAUUUAAAGUCUCCGUGAACAAAGAAAAGAAGAAGAAUGAGAAGAGCGAAGGUGAAUAUUUGCCUAGAGCAUAAAUAUUGGAACUCGCUGAGGCAAACGUUUUAGAGGCGAAUGAACUGCAAAGUUUAAAGCCUCUUAAAAACAAAGAAAGAAGAAGAAGGCAAACUUUCAGUACCGUUCUAGAUACGAAGCAAUGAACAUCGCUUGUUCUUCCUUGUUUUGCUUGGCAUGUCUUCGUUUCGGAUUGAGCUUUGGACGCGACCAAAUUACUUACUCGCUGAUGUCUCUGGCAUUGCAAUCAUUACAUCAAACUGACGCCAUUCUAUUAGGGUUCUGAACUACACAAUUGUGUGGGGUAUCAUCAAACUAGGCUAUCAUCGGCUCACCAAGAAAAUAAUUGUUCAGGAAUUUUGUAUGUGAUUUGGUUUCGCAUGACUGUAGCAAAACUAUCUCCACCAAUGAUGAAAGUUAAGCUAAUCGAGACCGGAAAUAUUUAUACAAUAUUAUUAUAGUGUUAAGAAUGUGCACCACAUAAUUAUUUUGGGAAUGUUAAGCUAAACCAUAGUGAAUGUCGUGCUGGAAUGUUGUGAGUUUUUUGGGUCCGGUUGCGAAUCGCAGAACUGCAUUCAACAAGGAUGACAUUUGUGGCAUUUGCGCUAAUAUUGAUCAUAAUGAAGCAAUACAACUCUUUUCGAGGUUAUUGAGAUUAACAGACAGAAUUUAUUUCGUUUAUUUAGUCACCAAGAAAGUGAAUGUCGUUCUAAAAUUCGGUAUGUUAAUGGGUUUCGCUUGCCAGUAGCAAAAUUUCCUCCACUAAGGAUAACAGUUGCGCUUAAUUCGAGCAUGAGAAAAUAAUGCAGCUUUUUUCGAGACCAGUAAUAUUAACAGAAGCGUUUCUUUUGAGAAUAGCGCAAAAUGAUGAGAAGUGUUGAUAUUCUUAGUCGCUUCAAGCCACCAAUGUAUGGUUCUAUAUGCAUGCUAUGUUGAACGCUUGCUUGAUGCUGAUUUUUUUUCGUUGUACGAACGAUGUCGAGAGAUGCGAUUCCACUGAGACAAUACUAAGUAACAUGUAGCAUGAUAUUUGAUACUUGCAAGUUUUGCCAUUGUUGUUGUUUUCAUUCGGUGCCAAACGAGAUUGAUGUAGUUAUGAGAUGUGGAAUAAUGUUGCUGGUGCUACAAGUAUAUAAUCGCCUGUAGCCAAUUGUAUGUAAAUUGCGAAAAAGGCCACCGGAAUAGCGUUCGAGGUAAUGCAUUGACAUAAAACCAAACCAUUCUACUAAACAGUUAUUUCUAAUAUUUCACUGCAUUCGAAAAUAAUAUCCGAAGUUAUUAACAAGUGACUUGAACAAAAUAACAGCGUAGUUCUACGUCAACAAUGUGGUCGUGUAUUGGACACAACCUUCUAUCAUUUUUUUUUGCCCUUGACUUCUCUUACGAUCUUCUAUGCCGUUAAGUCGCUGAUCCCGUGUUCCUUUGCCCCCGAAUCUUCCUUUUGAUAACCCUCGGAUUCCGAACUGACCUCGGACGAACUGUGGCUGCGUAUAGGUGUUCUUUAUGUUCUUGGUCUUUUUGUGACAUUUGCGCAUGGGACAAAUCACGAAUACGCUGCCACUUCGCCAUGGCGCAACUGUCAAACUAAGGAAAUCGGCUCAUUUUACUCGCAGCCUUUUAUGAUAUGAACUAUACCUUACGAGCAUGCCAAAGCGUUGUAUGCACAGAUGAAACGGGAACAUUAUUUGUACGAUGGUACAAACAUUAUCAAGCAUGCGGUACAACAGAAAAGCUACAAUGUUCAAUGGAUGAUACAAUUUUAGUGGAAUGAUAUCUGCAAGAGUUCCAAGGUAGAGUUUUGACGAAAGAUUUAUUCUUCAGAGUGUCUUUCAGGGAUAUAGUAAAUUAAAUUAAAAUUAAACACAGAUGAAUGGUGUUAAUUGACUUUAAUCUGAAAAUGAUUUUAAUAUUGUCAUUUCGUUCAAAUAUAAUUUCCGGUAAGGUACACGGGGGCAAGUUGAAACGGUUUUCUCGAAGUUCAUCUUAAAAGUUAUCUUAAAAAACACUAAAUUAAUAAAAUAAAAUCUUUUCGCAACAUAUACAAGGUAUAGCAGAUGACUUUCGAUAAAAAAUAGAGAUUCUCACUGAAUGCUCCGAAAAAUACAAUUUUCCAAAAUUUUUAGUUUUCAUAUGCAAGACUGAGUUUAAUGUACGGUUUCGCUUCUCGAACAUAUAAACUAUUGAAAAAAGGGGUUUUGGCACACAUGAGAAGUGGAGGAGUAGUCUGAUACCAGCAAACUGGACACUACAUAAAAGGGAUCAAAACCCGAAACUAAGAAAUCAGGCGCUGUCAUGCCAGACUAGAGUCAAGUAUGGAAAAGUUCAUUCGCUCAUUUCUCCACACCUAAUUAUAAAUCACUCUUGUAUCUGCUUGGAAUAAUCAUGGCGAAAAGAAUGCAGCAAGCAAUCGUGAGAUUGCACGAUGAAGCAUUUUACACUCCCCGACCAUCUUCAUUCGGAACUGAUAGUUAACGUAACAAAACAAAGAAUAGAAAACAACAUUCAAUGAAUGAAUACUCCUUUGGAAAGAUCGCACUAAACAAAAUAACGAGUGAGUCAAGUUAGACUGAAUCUGCGUGUAUGUAUGAUUUUAUUUUCCCUUAUACUCUUUUCCUUGUCUGCAUUCAAGUGCUCAUGAAUCCACCUUCCCGCUCACCAAUAACUUGUGUUAAUAUGGUCUUUUCCGUUGGCUUAGAUCGUUUCAUACUAGAAACAAAAAAAUGUCAUUGCAAUAGCGCACAGAAAAACAACUCGAUUUCAGCUAUCUACCUAUAUUUUACUGCCGCGAUCGAGACUCAAUGAUUGCUAUUUGAGUGAAAAACGAACGAUUUUACAGAGACACUCGUUUGGGCAAGCAAAAGUUUCCACUAUCUAACGUCAUCCCGAGAGGCAAAAGAGAGAAUGCAAAAUUUUCUGAGAAUAGAUGAGCGGAAUCGAGACAGUAUUUUUCCGUUUUAAUCGAGAAUGAACUUGGCGAAGAGGAUAGGUGAAUGUUUUCUGUCUCAAAUAAAGUGAGGCAUAAACGGAGAAUAGAAGGGUGAGUUUCAUCUGUUGUUGAACGAAUUUCGAUGCGAUUUUGCCCAUACCUGACUAGAGCCGCUCAAAACAGCUACUAAUGAACUUUAUGAAAUCAUUCAGAUCUUCAAAUAUUAUGUAACGCACUCAGAAAGGGAGGAGGGGAUACUUUGUCGAAUCUGGUUUAAAAUAAGUCUAAGCAAAUUUAUGCAAAUGCCCAAAAGGAAGUAUAAAACUGUGGAAAAUUUUCGUUACGCAAUACUUGAAUGACCCCUUGUUUGUUUACAAAAUUUUACAAAAUUGACUUUUCUGACAUGUUAAGGAACGAAAUAAAAAUGUUUAUUCCAACUUCAAUCCAUCAUUCCUAGUAAAAGGUAUGACUUCCGUUUCAUUAGUCUAUUGAAUCGCAUCAUCUAAAAUAUUCGAUCUCCGAAUGUUUCGUUUAAUAAAUAAAUUCUAGAAUGUUGUACCGUGUUGUUGAAACCACAGCCAGUGUUCAUGACCCUGUAACGAUCACUAUUACCUGUUUACGUACUGGUCGGUAUCAUUUUCGAAGAAAAACGGAGCAAUGAUUCCACCGGCUACAGUGGUGUUACGACAAUAUGGCGCGAGAAUUUCGUUCACUCCAAAUGCGGCAGUUUUGUUUAUUGCAUUUUGCUCUUAACCAAAAGGACUCUUCAUUGCUGAACAAAAUUUUCUUGUGAAGACCACGAUAAGUUUUUCAAACUGAACCAUGGUUUUCGUGAAAAAAAAUGGAACAUCUCAAAAGUCUAUUCAUCUAUUCGUAAUAUCUGAAUAGUGAUAAGGAGGUUAAUCGAACAAAUGUUUCAGAAUCUAGAACUUUUGUAACUGAUCUUUCUGGAAAGAUUAAGGGACUCCUCAGGAGAAUAACAAUUGUAAUAAAGAUAUUGUCUUUUGUGAGCCGAUAGUUCAUCAUAUAAUAAUUCUGUUGAUGUGAAUUCGGAGAAUUCGUUAAGCGACUAUUUCGCUCGAAGAUUAAAUGAUACCUCUUAGUUACCGUAACCAUUGAAAGGCUUCAAAAUGAUUGAAUCACUACUUCUCCUUAAAGCAACAGGCUUACCUUUCUCACCCCGUCGUAGGUGAAAAAGGUAAGCCAAUAUUGAUUUUAAUCUACGGUCUAACAUUCCGCUCACACGUGGCCGGCUGGGUGCUAUCAGCAAACUCGAAUAAAUUGAUUAAUUUUAAUCAAGUUAACCUUUCUCACUUUCGGGCUGUCUCAUAUUACCUACUACCACCUGAUAAGAAGGAUCCACCACCGACGAUAGCAGACAGAGCGACUUCGCCGGGCGCCGCCUGCCAGUUGGUGUGAUUCUGUUUGUGGUUAAUUAUAAUAUGUGAUGAAAAUAGCAAUUUUGAGCCCGGAUGGCAUGUUCCAGAUGGUGUGUGCCGGGCUCUGUUUGGGGGAAUAUUAAACACAGACUCCGGAGCGUGCUCCUAUUUGGUUCUCAUUAACAUAGGGCGUUCGGAAAUAAGUAAUUAUUUCAGCAUGGCGUAUUGCUCCUCGGGUGGAAAAUUCGACGGAAUAAUGUCAAGUUCAUGGUGUGUGAACACACAUACCCUCGUGAGAGGUGUUACAGGGUCAUUAUUGUGUGUGGUGAAAUUUAAUUUUGAUUAUAUUCAUAACCUGCCAUGUUACUCCGCUGGAACGCUGUGUAGGAACAAAUUAAAAAAGGGUGCUACAAUUUAACCGCUUGAUUCAAGUUGUUUUUAAGCAAUGAUCGUAAUUGAAUUCAUAUUUUUAUUUUUCCUUCGGUUUGUUAACUCGAAUGAGUUAUCAAUUUAAUAACAAAAAACAGAGUAUACAAAUUCAAACAUAGAUAGAGCUUUUCAUUAUCGAUCUGAUCGAUCGAAAUUUUGUUCAUUUUGCAAUCGAAUUUUCAAAACUGUAUAAAGAGCAUAAAACCAAUUCCGACAAACAUUCAGGACAGGAUGCAACAUACAGCACAGCACAGAACUAUCUGGAUCUACAGUGGAUAGUAGGUAAUUGAACAAAACAGGUGCUUCACAUUUGCGCCAUAUCUGGCAGCAGUAUGAACAACGUUGGAUAUAAAACAAUUUUGAAAUGACACAAUCAAAGUAAAGUACCCGAGGCAGCGUAAAACCACAUCGAAUUUUGUAAAUAUAUUAUUUUAAUAGAUAUAAUUACAAGUGUAAAUAACUGUUUUGUAUAUACAUCGAAAACCAAAUCGCGAAGAGAAAUCAUCACACUGAAAAGUUCUUUUUUUUUUUGUAUAAUAAGCGAAGACGAAAUACACUAGUAGAAUAAGUGAAGAAAGUGCAGUCGGGCAAGUUGUAACUCACACUUGUAAUAUACGUAACUAGCAAACCAUACGACGACCGAACCAAAUUUCUCCAUAUUUUAUUCUGCCACUGUAUACCUGAGAAAUUUAAUUACGUUCAUAUUUUACUAAUAGUUCCUUUGUGUCGAAAACUAUGCGGUGUUAGUUGAAGUACCUGAAACCGGUCGACGUAACCGGGAACGUAUGUCUGCCAUAAAAACUUCAGCUAAACACUAGCAGUGUUUAGGAUUGCAUUUAUCACAUGUGUUGAAGGCCGGAAAAUUAUGGCCACUAAAUUAUGACAGACGACAAAUAAGGUUAAUUACUAACAAUUUAAAACUAAGUUCAAGCAAACCACAUUGAAUCUGUUCAUUAUUUCGCCUAACAUAAACAAUAUAUUGUAUAUAGUAAAUGAAAGGUUAUUGGCUCCGGGAGUGAUAAAACGAUUGAGUCCUAGGAAAAUAAAAGAAAAAAUAAAUACGGGAGCGGUAACCAAUCAAGGUGAGUUACACGAGAAGUAUUUUCUUACUCUAUUGAGCGAAAAUCUGUCAUACGAGGUAACCUAGCUAAAACAAAGACAGUUUUGUAUGAUGUUUGAAAAUGAUCUGAUAAAUAUAAGACAAAUUUAAAACAAUCGAAAGCGAACCUAGU